AUGGAGGAGGUGGAGGUGGCCAACAGCGCGGCGGUGGAGAGCUGCCACAAGUUGCUGGCCUUGCUCUCCCAGCAGCAGGACCCAGCCCUGCUCAGGAGCAUAGCUUCAGAGACGGGUGAGGCCUGUGCCAAGUUCAGGAAGGUGGUCUCCCUCCUCAGCAAUGGCGGUGGCGGCAGGGGAGGGCAUGCUAGAGGCAGGUUCUCCAGGAGAAGGAAGCCCGUGGGGUUCCUGAGCCAGAAAGGCUUCUUGGAGAGCAGCAGCAACACCCCAUUGGGGGUGCUCAUGUCCGGGAGUGCAGCCACUCCAUCCCCAUCUGCUGGUUCGGCAGGGCAACUGCGGCCCCAGGUCGGCGCGCCGCCGCCGCCACGCAGCCUUGAUUUGGUCAGCUCAAGCAGCAAGAGCGCCCACCAGUUUGGCCCUCCGAAGAUGGUCCAGCCAUUGUCUGUGCAGUUCCAGUUUGGUGCCACUGCACAUAGAUACCCAUUCCAGCAGCAGCAGCAGAAUUUACAGGCCCAAAUGUUCAAGAGGAGCAACAGUGGGAUCAGCCUGAAGUUUGAUACCCCCAGUGGCGGCGCUGGGACAAUCUCAUCGCCGAGGUCUUUCAUGUCCUCCCUGAGCAUGGAUGGCAGUGUAGCUAGCUUGGAUGGAAAGCCGCCGAUGCGUUUGCUCGGCGGCCCGGCUGCGAGCGACCCACUGAAUGUGCGCCAAUGCGCGCCUAAGCGGCGGUGUGCGGGCAGGGGUGAGGAUGGCAGCGGCAAGUGCACCACAGGUGGCAAAUGUCAUUGCUCAAAAAGAAGGAAAUUACGGAUUAAGAGGUCGAUUAAAGUGCCCGCCAUUAGCAACAAAAUAUCUGAUAUACCUCCGGAUGAAUACUCAUGGCGGAAGUACGGGCAGAAGCCGAUUAAGGGUUCCCCUCAUCCGAGGGGCUACUAUAAAUGCAGCACCGUCAGGGGCUGCCCGGCGAGGAAGCAUGUUGAGCGGUGCGUGGACGAGCCGGCGAUGCUCAUCGUGACGUACGAAGGCGAGCACAGCCAUAACCGGCUGCCAACACAGUCUGCCCAGACCUAG